UUUCAGAAACAUGGCAUCUAUAAAAGAGUUGAUGAAUGAUUCUAAGUACACCAAAAAGUCUGAUGAAAUAUUGGAUGAGCUCUUCAACAAGAUAAAGGAUGAAACGUCUGAUUCUGACACUGAAGAAGAAGAUGAAGAAGACGAAGAGAGUGAAGAUGAAAGUGAGAAGGAGAGAAGAAAGCAUAAAAAGAAAAAAAAGAAGCACAAGAAGGAUAAAAAGAAGAAGAAGAAAAGAUCCCGACGAAGUGAAAGUGAGGAAGAGGAAGAGCCCCGGAUAAAGAUAAAAAAGGAAGAUGAAGGAUUCUGGGGAGGAGCAAAACCUUAUAAAACAGAAAAAUCUGACCGGAGCAGAGAUGAUGAUGACAGGCGUGAAAGCGAUUCAAAAAGAAAGGAAAAAGAUCUAGAAAGGGAUUCUGGCAGGGAGCGAUAUGAUAGGUUUAAGCGGUCUGAUGAUUAUGAUAGUGAACGAAGACCGGUUGAUCUUGGCAGGGUUGCCCGCCCAUAUCCAGAUGACCGUAGUAGUAGAAAUGGACAUAUCAGGAGUUCCUACGAUAGGGAUAAGGGUCACAAAGAAGAGUAUGAUAAAGACAGGGACAGGAAAAAAGAUCGGGACGCGGAUGAUCGAAGGCGAAAAGACGAUCGAGAUCACGGAGGAAGAUCCCAGAGUCGAUCAACCUACGACAGAUCCGAUAACAAACGGGACGAAAAGAAAAGAGAUAAGAGCAUGGACAAGGACAAGGAGGAAAAGGACGGAUUUUGGGACACUAAAUGGGACGCCAUGAAGCUGGAAGAAAAAAUUGAAAAAGGAGAAAAGAGAGGAAGAUACUAUCUAAACACAAAGAAACGAUUUAAGGAUACCAUAGAUGGUAAAGAAGGCACACCCAGUUUAACCCCUAGUCCUGAGAGAACGGAGAAGAAGAAGAAAAAACAUGAAGAUUCCGAAUCAGAUACAGAGGAAUAUAAGAGGAUGAAGAAAACUAAAGAGAUCCAAGAAUUAAAAGUUGAUGGUGAUGGGCUGGUCCAAGGAAAACUUGCAGAUCCUUCAAACUUUGAGUAUGACCCGGUAACCAAGAUGUACCGGAAGAAGCUUGGCAUGGUAGAGCGCGAGGAGAAGAAGAUGAAGGGAGAAUCCUCUAGUUCUAGCAGUGAGGAGGAGGAUGAGCACGUCAAGGAGCUGGAGGACCUAGACAAGGACGGAGAAAAGAAGGAGGAAAAAAUUAAAAUGAACGAAGAUGGGUCAGAAUCUGCCCUGGGUAAUCUCCAAACUGAAGAAGAAAAACAGAAAGAGAAAGAAGAAAAGAAAAAGAAAAAGAAAGAAAAUCUUCGUAAAAAAGCAGAUGAAGAUUCUGAUUUAGAAGAUGGUGAAGUAACAGAAGUAAAAAAGGAAGAAGGGGAGGUUGAUUCAGAUGAGGAUAGAAGGAAAAAGAAGAAAAAGAAAAAACGUUCGAGGUCAAAAUCCCGAAGACGUUCUUAUAGCAGGGGUCGUGAGAGUAGAGGAAGAGAAAGUCGGGGUAGGGAAAGCCGUGGUCGAGAACCUCUAGAUAAGAGAUCAAGAGAGGCCUGGGGGUUAGAAUCCAAGUCAAGUAGAAGAUCCCGGAGUGGAGGUGGUCAUGAUGACCGUCUUAAGUCGCGCCGGUCACGUUCUCCAUAUGACAGAGUUAGAAGAACUAGGUAUGACAGGUCAAGGUCACGGGACAGAGAGAAGAGAAGAAGGGGAAGGUCCAGGUCCAGGUCCAGGUCCAGAUCUAGAUCUAGGUCAAGAUCCAGGUCAAGGAAACGGGACGAUAGUUGGGAACGAGAGCGGGAGGACAGAUACGAAAGGAACAAGAGGAGACAAGAGAAACAUAUGCGUAGUAAGAUCAACAAGGAAAGACUACUGGAGAUAGCAAAGAAAAACGCAGCCAAAAUUCUUAAAACUGGAGGAGACUUCAUGGGUAUCGAUGAGGAGCGAUUGAUUGCUAUGAAAUCCGGUGGAACCUCACUAGACGAACUCACCAAGUUCUGUAAAGAAUUGGCUAAGAAAGGUCUUGAGGACAAGGAUAAAAUAGAUUUCCUGGCAGAGUCGGAGAGUGAAUCAGACGAGGAGUUUAGGCAUCCCUUCAUGGUCAACGAUAAACCUCUUCCUAACCCUAUUACCAUGUUGCUGGGUGCAGGCGAGAAAAAGACGGAAGCGCUUCCUCCUGCGGCAAAGGCUGUUGCCAAAUCUCAAAGAAUGUUAGAGUUUCCAGUGUCCAGUGGUAAUGCACAUAGAACCAAGGUUGAAACUACAGGAGAGGAUACCCUAGAUACAAGCACAAGACUGGCACUAGAGAUGAAGAAAGACGAAGAGGAAAUGAUCAAAUUUCACGAGCAGAUGGAAGCCGAGGAGAAAGAGCUCUCUAAACUGACCAAGAUAGGUACAGAGAUUAUUCCCUGGAAACUGAAUGAUGAGGAUCAGAACCUCGUGGUCCCCAACCCAGUGGGCAAGGAUCUCUUCAGCGGAGAUAUUAAAGAUCUACCUAAAGAUAAGAUCGAAGAGAUUGAAAAACUCCGUCCUAAGCCUGUCUCCUUCCCGACCCCGGCUCUUCCUGCGCCGACAGAAAGACUUGCUCUCCCGGCCCCGAGUAAAAUUGAUCCGAAGAUGUCAGCGGAUCCGGACAAGGUUUUCGAGAUCGCAUCUGCACCAGUUAUUGAUAUAGGAUCUAUUGUAUCUAAACGUUUGACGGCACAGAGAAAGCUGCAGGCCAACCCUGAUGACAAAGAGGCUUUAAAGGAGAUGUAUGACGCCCAGAAACAAAUGGAAGCUUGGGCCAGCUCCAAGAAUAAGCCUGGCCAGUUCCUUGGUUCUACUGGAGCAAAGAUUAUGCAGAAACACGAGCUUAAUAACGGUCUACACGCUUGGGCCAGAAAGGAUCAGUUUGUCAAUGCAGAAAGGGUCCGAGGAGGGUUUGGUGAAUUCAUGUUGAAGAAGAUGGGAUGGGAGGAGGGUGAGGGGCUAGGGAAGAACAAGCACGGUGAGGUUGAUCCACUUACGCUGGACAUCAAGUUUGAUAAGAAGGGUUUAGCGGCUGCCGAGGAAGAUAAACGGGGAGCUAACGGUGUGAUAACACUGACCGGAUGUAAAGAUUUGACCGGAAAACAUCCGGUCUCGGCUUUAACCGAGCUCUGCAGCAAGCGACGAUGGGGUCCUCCUAUAUUUUCACAGGCAUUUGACUGUGGUCCACCACACAAGAAGCAAUAUGUUUUUAAGGUGACUGUGAAUGGGAAAGACUACAUGGCCAAUGUAGCUGUUGAUAACAAGAAGAAAGCAAAAUCUAACGCUGCUAUGGUCUGCCUUCAAACCAUGGGAUUGGUCCCGAAGGAUCCCGACAAUCCAGUUUAAUCAGAAAAGUCAAGAAUUGAGAUGAAUGGAACUUGGAAUUCAACAAGUUUUGAUUUUCUGUCAUCUCUCCCUCGGGCCCAAUGUUCUUUAAAAAUUCUCAAGGUUCAGAACUAAUCAUUGAAUAGAUAAAAUUGUAUUUUUUUUAAAUCAAACUCUCGCACAGGUUUGUUUUAGCAGAAGAUUUCCAAGUUCUUGUUGUAAACUGGAAUAAUGAUUAGAUUCAAUUUUUUUCGUUGUUUGUUUAUAUUCUAUUUUUUUUCAUCGUUUGCAAAACCCUUAAUAAAAUGUAAACGUUAGAUUUUCGGUUUUGUUCAAUUGAUUGUCGACUGCUUUGGUUUCAGGAAAGAUAGCCGUGCUGCCUACUGGAGAGAACCCCAUAAAAUUGUCCAAACUUCUGAAAGGCUUAACAUUUACUUACAAUGAAUACCAAAAAAAAUAUUUCCUGAGAAGCUGACGAAUUUUUAGAAUAACUAUAAAAACUAUUCUCAGCUCUUGGCUAGUUAAAAUAAUUUUGAAAUAAUUCUAGAAUAGACCAGUCAGGGUUUCUGAGCUACAUGUACUGUUUACACUGUACAGUACAUCGUUGAAGGGAAGAAAAGAGUUCAGAUCAAUAUCAUACUUCCGGACAAGACGGUUAACAUCAUUUUUCCUCAGAUAAAAACACACAAAUUUUAGUUAGGUCAUGCACUAAAAAUUAAACGAAUUUAAUCUCAAUAGUAAAUAGUCAGUUAGUUUUUUAUAUUUAUAUCAUUUCUUAACAUAAAGAAUAAGUACAUAUUAAUAAUAAAAAAUUUAAAAAAAUUAAAUUUAGAGCUGUUUAAUAAAAAAAUUGACUUUGAUCUAAAUUAAACUAUAAUGAGCCCUGAGCAUGCUUGCUAUUAGGCCGGGAGCAGGUAAACUAGAAAGAUUACAGACGGAAAAGAUCUAACCAAAUUUAGAAAGCAGUCGACAAACAAUGUUCAAAAUAAUUUAUCAGGAUUUUGAUCAUUAUGUUCGCACUUAUUGAUUGUUUCCAAAAUAAAGGUUGGGAAGAAAAUUUGUUUUAAUUUCAGA